GUUUGGUUGUCUACAUUACGACGAGUGAUUACUAUUUUUUGUCAUUCUAUUCCACUGUCAGCUGACAGCUGUCGCGUUAUGUAAAUAGUAAAUAGUAAAUAGUAAAUACUAAAUACUCGUUAAUUGUAGUUUCAUACGUGUUUCAGACUCGAUUCUCGUCCCGUUUCUUUUGUAAUUUUCUUUUUGAUCACGCGCGAAUAGCACACCACAAUGACCAAAGAAGGACGUGAUUGUUACCCUGGAGUCAAGUUCCGUAUAUCUCUCGAUUUGCCAGUCGGUGCCGUCAUCAAUUGUGUCCAUAGAAGUGGCACAAAGGAGCUAUUUAUCAUUGCCAUCCAGGAUGCCAAAGGUCAAUUGAAUCGUUUGCCAGACGCAAGUUUGGGAAACAUGAUCGUUGGUACAGUCGAAGAAAAAAAUUCAGAACUCCGUAAAAAAAUUAUGGCUGCAGUAAUCAUUCCACAACAGGGACCGUUUUUAAGGAAGAAAGGGAUAUAUUUAUAUUUUGAUGACGAUGCUGGAAUUAUAAUCUAUAAGAAAGGCGAAUUGAAAGGGUGUACUAUUACUGGUCCUUUGGCUAGAGAAUGUGCAGCUUUAUGGCCCAGAAUUGCUUCCUAUGCUAGGAUUAUUGCUUAAAUUUUGUAUUUUCAUCCUUUAAACUAAAGAAAAUAUUUCUUAUUUUAAUUAUUUAAAUGUG